CCACCGGCUGCCUGCAGGCAGAGGCGUCAUGGGAUUCUGGAAGUUGUCCCCGUUUCUGGCUAUUGGUCUCCUGGUCAUGUAUCAAGCAGGCAUCCUACAGGCUGCACCAUUCAGGUCUGCCUUGGAGAACCCACUGGAAUCUGCUACACUCACUGAGGACGAAAUAUGGGUCCUACUGACUGCAGUGGUGAAGGACUAUGUGCAGAUGAAGGCUCGUGAGCUGCAGCAGGAGCAGGAGACUGAGGGCUCCAGCCUCACUGCCCAGAAGAGCUCCUGCAAGGAUGGCCCCUGUGUGACCAACCGUCUGGAAGGCUGGCUGGCCAGAGCUGAGCGCAUGGUGAAAAACACCUUCAUGCCCACUGAUGUGGACCCUGAAGCCUUUGGGCACCAGCACAAGGAGCUUGCAGCCUGAGCAGCAGUGACAUGACCCCAGGAAGAAGG